AUGUCCACCGAUAGAAUAUUAAUCAAAAAGAGCAAAGUUACUUUAUCACAGCCACCUGUUGCUAUCGGCCGAGGUGCUAUGGGUGAAGUGUAUUUAGCUACUUUUCAGAAUAAACUUGUGGUUGUGAAAAAAAGUCAUCGGGACAUGGACCUAUUGCUAAAAGAAUAUAGCAAUUAUCUUAAACUUCGCAACCAUAACAAUAUAUUAAAGUUUUACGGUGUAAUACGAGAUGAUAAAUACACAUUUUCUCUGGUUCUAGAGUAUGCUUCAAAUGGCAAUCUUUCUAGCUACCUUAAAACUCACACUGUUGAUUGGAAAUUUAAGGCCGGAGUUUGUCGUGAUAUUGCUAUGGGAUUAAUGCAUUGUCAUGAUAAUAAUGUGUUGCAUUUUGACCUUAAACCUGAAAAUAUCCUUUUGGAUAAAUCUUUAAUUCCAAAAUUAGCUGAUUUUGGAAUUUCGAAAACUAAAAGUCGAAUGGUUUUGGAUAAUGGUAAAGCUGGUGGAACUUUGAACUACGUAGCUCCAGAAAGAGUCUGCCGUGAUCUCAAAAUGAGAGAACUCUUUGAAAACCAUCCUAAACUCUCCGAUAUAUAUUCUUACGGACUAAUCUUGUGGUCAGUUGCCAAAGAUGGUGAACAUCCUUACGAAGGCAUGGACGAUGAUGAGAUAAAAGAACAGAAACGUAACCAGGAUUCAAUGCUUCUUCUUAUAAAACAGCUACCGAAUACCACUCCGUCAGAAUAUUGUCAACUUAUUUUAGAUCUAACUAAAUAUAAUCCGGGAGAACGAUUUGAUUUGGCAGUAGCAAGACUCGAAUUAGAGGAUUUGUUUGAUGAUGAUCAUGAUGAUAAAGAAAAAGAUGCCAACAUGGCUGAUUAUUUAUCCAUUGAUUACCUUGAACCCGACGAAGAUGACGAAGCCAUGUCUGCUUACAAUUACUCUGACACUAGUAGUAAUCGUGCAUCAACGUCCACAUCGAUUGAGACCCCAAUAGAUAGUGAUAAAGAUCUCGGUCUCGGAAAGGCAGGCAUAGAAGUGUCUAAUGAAAUUAAAUCACCGAUCGACGGCAAUUACAGACACGAUAACAAACAACAUAUAUUUAGAAAGGGCAGUGUAGAUAGUUAUAACCGUCGACGAGAUAGUUUAGAAAUGAAUAGUCGGUCGAUUAGCUCCACGACUUAUUAUCAACCAAGUAGCAACGAAAGUGGUGCUUAUCAUAGACAUAGUAUUUCCGACCCUUCUAGUAACGAACCUACCAGAACCGAGAUGAUUAUUGACAAAUAUCCACCUAGGAUCAGAGUAAAUGUGGAUUAUCAAGCAUUACCUAAUGAUUCACCUACGACUCCACAAAUUCCGCCGUUCGAAAGAAGCCUUUUAAUAUCUAAACCUGAACUUAGUAUAAUGGAAGAUGUACUUUCCAUAUGCGACAAUUGGGAAAGAUUCACAGAUGAUAUAAUGCUAAAAAAAUUAUCAAUUCUAUGUCGCGAAAAAAGAAUGAAACCUAAAGACAUUUAUGAAAUUUUUGAGGCCAAUCCAUCAGGAUCUCCUGACUAUUAUUUCGUAUUAGGAUUUUUUAGUGAACACGGUUUUGGAAUGGCACAAAAUCCACAGAUGGCAUUUGAAUUUUAUUCUAAAGCAGCUGAGACGAGAAAUUCACGUGGAGAAGUCUAUGUAGGAUGGUGUUAUUUUAAAGGAAUGGGAACAACAAAAAAUCCGCUUAAAGCAUUUCAAUACUUUCAACGUGCUGCCAAUCGAGGAUGUGUUUCAGCAUAUAAUAAUGUUGGGUGGUGUCAUGAUAUUGGAUUUGGUACAGCUUGUGAUCCUUACAAGGCAUUUGAGUUCUUCAAAGCAUCCGCUGAAAGAGGUCAUGCUACAGCACAAUGUCGAGUGGGCGUGUGUUAUCAAUUUGGUCGGGGCACAGUUAAAGAUUUGGAAAAAGCACUUGAAUGGUAUACAAAAGCAGCUGAUAAUGGUCAUGAAACUGCAAAAAAGCGUGUUA